AUUAAACCGAUGGACUAGUACUUCGUAAUUACGGUAUUCCCAUAUUCGAUACUAGCCCAUACAGUAGUACAUGGCGCGGGACGCGUGGUUCCGCGAAAACAACGCGACCGCAAUGAUCAAGAUACCACUCACCUCCGCAUCUACUCAACAUUUCAUGAACGAGGGCGAGAAAAGACGCGCUACAUCCCAAAUUAACGAACAUCUUAUGGAUGAUACGGUGACCAUUGGAAGGACGAUUCGGAUCUCUUCCAAGCAUGCCGCGUCCACCUACGAAGCGCAACCGCCUGACAUUAAAGGCUGCCCCCGCAAACUCCAAGGAGAAGGCACAGCGAGAUGGUGAGGAUAUAAGCAAGGCGAAUCCUUCCAGGUCCCCGGUACUCGAUAACCAGGAUGAGAGCAGCGCUUCACAGUUGGCAUUCAGUGCUCAACAUGCAAACACCUUACGGCAGUUAAGAAAUCAAACACCCUUGGCCAAAACGCAUGAACAUGCGAUCGAGUCUUCUCCAAUGGGGGAACGAGGUGCUACGGGCAGCCGACCACCCACCAGGUCCCGAGGUUACUCAUCUACCCUCUCUAUGGCUGAACGAAAAUUUGAUAUGGGCUCAAAGGUACCCGGUACACCAGCCUUUGAGAGCUCGAUAUUGAGUAAUUUUAGACGGCGGCCUCGCCAAGCGAGUAUCCUGCAAAUGAUGCAGGCAGAGGACGGAUCAUCUGAACUAGACGAUGAUGACUUUCUGGGUGGCUUGAGCCCGGAAGACGAGUCCACCCCCCUUAACCUCUCCAGAGGAAAAUCGCUUCUAGUUAGAAAAUCUGUAUCCCCAUCUCCAUCGCAACUUUCGUUGCCUUCUAGUGAUGGGUCCCGCAAGCGGAAACGGUCUGUCGAAGAGUGCCGGGUCCCCCAGUCGCCUUUAACAGUUGUGGAGAACACACCAACAGAGUCACCUAAUCAUAGAGACUGGGAGAACAAAUCGCGUGGCUCUUCUGAACCAUGCCAACCACUGAAGUCUUUAGAAAUGAUCAGUCAGACCAUGGCACCGCCUUUGAGCAGCAGCCCACCAUCCAGUCCCGUCCGCCCAGCUUCUACACCGAAGCUAGCGCAGGCAUCGGAUUCUACUGGAGAAGGCACGGAAACGUUUCCAGUCGUGGCUAGCAGGGCGAUUACCAUCCCCACGGCAACUCUACAAGAUCGACUCCUUCCCCGGCGUCGCCAACGGCAUCCCAAAUGUCGCGAUGCGGCCAGAAUGGAGGUUCAAAGCGAUACAAGUGAAGACGGUGCUCCUGCUGUAGAUCAGGAUGAUGACGAAUUAAGUUACUUACACCCGAGGAGGCGAACUACCAGAUCGAAGCGGAAGCCCUAUUCUGAAGCUCGACGGGCAAUUGAACACACGGCUGGAGUAGUGGUCAACAGGAGUAGCCACCCAAAACGUUCAGUGAUUGCGAAAAUCACAGAACAAGUUCAAGAAAACCCUCAUGUAACCACACAUUUAUCCCAGCCUUGUGAAGAUACAAACAUCGACAAGGAGAACCAACCGGUCGACACAUCAUCACCAUUAUCCUCGCCGCUUGAUUCGGAUGCAUUUGAGUCUGUAUCGCCGCCAGAGUCACCGCCAUCAGUCAAUUUCCUUAGCGAAGAGCUGAGGUUGCAAGCGAAGAAGUUUGCCGAGAUUGAUAAAUGGGAAAUGGAAUUCGAAGAGAUCCCUGGGAGACAAAGCAGUGCAUUGGAGUAGACCCUAAUUUCCAUGUCAAUUUAAUUCUAAUAAUUCGUUGUGCUCUAUAUGUUGUCACCGUCAGCGGACGUUGUGGGCAACAGAAUACCGAAUGAUUUGUUGACCUCAUCUUUACCCGAUGGUAAGCGGUGCCGCGUGAAGUAAGCCCCGCAACUGAAAUAAUCAAAAACCCCACCUGAAGUUGAUAAUUGUCACUCGCAUUGAAUGAUCUCUGCAGGAUAGGCUAUUCCACAACUACUUGAUAACCCCAAAGUCCUAGCACAGGUUCUACUGAUUUGCAAAAGCAUACUAUGGCCACCGUUGAUACUAUCCUGGCUGA